AUGGGGGUUCGGCACCCUGAUUUUCCUGAUCAUGUCUAUGGUCUGAAGAAGUCUCUCUAUGGACUUAAACAGGCACCUCGUGCCUGGUACCAGCGUUUCACUGAUUUUGUUUCAUUGCAGGGGUUCACACAGAGUAAAUCCGAUGCAUCACUGUUUAUCUAUCGUCAUGGUCAUCAUACUGCUUACCUACUUAUCUAUGUUGACGACAUCAUACUUACCACCUCAUCGGAUACACUACGACAACACCUUAUGUCUGCUCUUGUCGGUGAAUUCGCAAUGAGGGAUUUGGGUCCUUUAACAUAUUUCUUGGGGAUAUAUGUCACUCGUACAGGAGAUCACAUGUUCUUGUCUCAACAAGCUUAUGCCAGAGAUAUUAUUCACCGUGCUGCAAUGGACACAUGCAAAUCAGUUGCUACUCCAGUCGACACCAAUCCUAAACUUGGUGACACCUCGGUUCCUAUCUUCAAUGACCCCACCCUCUACCGUAGUCUGGCGGGUGCUCUACAGUAUCUCAUUUUCACACGCUCAGACAUCUCCUAUGUGCUACAUCAAAUCUGCAUGCAUAUGCAUUCCACCUCUGAGGCUCACUGGAAUGCACUGAAACGCAUCAUUCGGUUCUUGCAAGGAACAUCUGACUUUGGUCUUCACCUCAGUCCUGCCUCCAUUUUAUCCCUUUUAGCCUACACUGAUGUUGACUGGGCUGGUUGCCCUGACACCCGCCGCUCGACUUCCGGGUAUUGUGUUUAUCUUGGUGACAAUCUUCUCUCAUGGUCCUCCAAACGACAACCAACUGUAUCUCGUUCCAGCGCGAAGGCAGAAUACCGAGGUGUGGCAAAUGUUGUUGCUGAAAUUUGCUGGAUUCGAAAUCUCCUUUUAGAGCUAAACCGACCUCUAUCUCGUGCAACUUUGGUAUACUAUGACAAUGUUAGUACCAUCUACCUAUCCGGUAACCCAGUUCAACAUCAACACACCAAACACAUUGAAUUGGACAUUCACUUUGUUCACGAAAAAGUACAACAGGGGUGUGUUCGAAUUCUUCAUGUCCCAUCUCGGUACCAAGUUGCUGACAUCUUCACCAAAGGUCUCCCUCGGGUUCUCUUUGAUGACUUCCGAUCCAGUCUCAACAUCCGCCCUCCUACUGCAUCAAUUGCGGGGGUGUAA